AUGCCGGAGCUGGGGGUGGUGAAUGAGGAUGCGUUUGAGACGAUGGAUUGGGCGGUGUACGAGGCGAGGAUGCAUGGGGUGCGGUUGUUUGCGCCUUUGGUGGAUAAUUAUGACUAUUAUCAUGGGGGGAACGACCCGAAGGUUCAGGAGUUCUAUACUAAUCUCGUUAUUAUUGCGGACUUCAAGAACUACAUCAAGAUUCUCCUCGCACACAUAAACCCCUAUACUGGCCUCAGCUACGCCGACGAUCCGACUAUCUUCGCCUACAAAACGGGAAACGAGCUCGGUGAGCCUAAAUUCCAAGCUAUGAACGUCCCAGUCGCAUGGACGGCCGAAAUCGCGAGCUAUAUCAAGAAGCUCGCGCCCAUGAAGUUCGUAGUCCAUGGAACCUAUGGAAUAAACAAGACGCAUCUGAGCAUCAAGGACGUGGAUAUCUUCUCAGAUCAUUUUUACCCGCCGAAUAACACGAAAUUGACAAACGGUAUUGACCUGGUUGCUAGUGCGGAUAAGGUAUACUUUGCGGCAGAGUAUGAUCAUUUUUGGAGUCUCUUCACGCAUAACGUACCAGACUGCACGACUUACGUUAAUCAUUCCGGUGAUAGCUUCACCCUGCAAUAUGGUAACCCAGCAAAACCUGUCAACGUGACAGAGCAGGCUAUUAAGAUUCGCCAGCAUUUGUUCAGGAUCAAGGGCGAAAUUGUGGAUGCGUCUUUGCCGAUUGCACCGUGUCCAGGGCCCGAUGCCGAUCUUUUGAAUACUUGA